CAGGGGCGGACUGACAACUCAUGGGGCCCCCGGGCAAUAGGGGAUCAUGGGGCCCCUGUGUCCUUGCCCAAACACAAAAAAGCCUAUGAAAAAGGUACCAGGGGCAUCUCAUGGGGCCCCCUACUGACCCCGGGCCCUCGGGCAGUGCCCGAGUUUCCAAAUGGUCAGUCUGCCCCUGGACAGGACUUGUUUCUGCCACAUUGGAAACAGGAUACAUUUCUACCACACCUGAGACAGAACUGGAUCCUGUCACACUUGAGACUCAUUCUACUUCAUUCUACACUCAUUCCUACU